AUGUCCAAGAAUACCAAAGCCGACAUUGAAAAGCAAAUGGCGACUCCUAACAAGAAACCAAAGAACAUCAAUACGGAUGUUUCACCUGCAAAGACUGCUCCGCUGACACCUACCUCCCCUCACCAUAUCACCAUUGAUGUCGAUCAAAGGCCACGAUCAGCCGGAGUCUUUGCGGUUGCCGCCGGCAUCAAAGGCAAGAUUCUAGUAGUCGGAGGAUUGGCCCUCAUUGGCGCACUUGCAUACUUUGGUCUCCAAUGGUUUGAAAGUACCGAACUGGAAGCCCAGAUUAAGAGACUUGAAGGCGAGGUGAACCGUCUUCACACGGAAAACAACAGAUACGAAGUAUUGAAUAAGGAACUCAAUAUCACUGUGGACGAACUCAAAGACAUUGGUGUUCAAAUCAAUGACACUGCAAAUGAACUCGAGGAGACAAACCAAGCACUUGGCUUUGAAGUUGCCGAGUUGGAAGCCCAAAACCAAAUCUUUGCCGGGCAAAAUGAAAGAUUAUCCAAGACCACCAGUGACUUGAAUCUCAUUUCGGGGUUCAUCAACGAAACGGCAGAUGCUGUGAAUGAUACUUUUGACCAGAUCAUGGCAUUGAUCGAGCAACAAAUUGUCCAAAAUUCCGUUGUCCUAAUGAAUACACUCCAGAACACCUUUAGGGAUAUAAAGGAUGGUUGGAACUGUGAUUACAGGGGUGUGUUUGUAGGAAGAGCCUAUGCCGUAAACAGCAUGGCAGCGAUCCCAUCUACCGAGUUCGAUGGCAUGAUGGACUACGUGUCUGAAAGAGUCCUUGACGAGCUUUGUUUGGACCGCACUGAUUUCACAAUGUUCCUGGGGCUCCCUGAAUACAGACCUUUGAAUACCAACAGACUGAAUGCUGCGGUUACAAUAUACACGGAACGCGCAAUUGAUUGGUACUUUCCCGAAGACAAUGAAACUGGAUUGACCCAAGAUGAUUGGUUUGCCGCAGACUUCAAGUGCAAGAACUUGAACGCAACCCAAAGGUACAGGUAUUAG